GUCCCACCGGAAGUUAUGUUGUCGUUAGCGGAAACGAGGCUUUUAGCUUCAGGAAAUCAGGAGGAAGAAAAAGGUUUCCUUUCUGUAAUCUAACCUGCACAGCACCGAGUCAAACACACACUGGAGCUUCAACUAACUGUAGCAGAUGGACUCUGGGAUGAUCACGUUGAAUCUGCGGCUCGUUCGUCGAUAAAACGCCCGGGUGCCAAGGCGCCGGGCCGGGCCGGGCCGGAACCAGAACCGGGCCCGAGCGGAGGGACCCAGCGCUGCGGUCUGUGACACCGGCGGGCUAGUGUGUUAGUUUGGGGGAGGCUGGCAUGCAGUGUGGAGGGGGAGUGUAGUGUUUAACAGCGUUAGUAGUUCUCUGAUGAUUCAGUUUAUUAAAUGUAAAGAGGGUCGAGCAUGGUGAUCACAGACAGCACACAGCUAGCUUUAGCUAACACCAACGACAUCAACUUUUCCUCUUAAAGAAGCGACACGACGUGAGGCCAGAACACGGGUAUGGGCGGUGUAUUUGGGCUUAUAUGAAGGGCGAGAAAUCACUGUGUAUCCCUUAAAAUCUGUAGUUCGCUGGUUAGCUCUUAAAGGCCUGAUAAAUGUUUCUGGAGCGAGUAUAGCAGACAGGCUAAGUCGUUAGCUGCUAAGUGAGCUGGUCCCAAUGAAAGAGUACAAAGUGGUCGUGCUGGGCAGCGGCGGCGUCGGGAAGUCCGCGCUGACCGUCCAGUUUGUCACCGGCACCUUCAUCGAGAAAUACGACCCGACCAUCGAAGACUUUUACCGCAAGGAGAUCGAGGUGGAUUCGUCUCCCUCCGUGCUGGAGAUCUUGGACACAGCGGGGACGGAGCAGUUCGCCUCCAUGAGAGAUCUGUAUAUAAAGAAUGGACAGGGCUUCAUCCUGGUCUACAGCCUGGUCAACCAGCAGUCUUUCCAGGACAUCAGACCAAUGCGAGACCAAAUAGUGCGAGUGAAGCGCUUCGAGAAGGUGCCGUUGAUCCUGGUUGGAAACAAAGUAGAUCUGGAGUCUGAGCGUGAGGUCGCUGGGGCAGACGGGCGAGCUCUGGCUCAAGAGUGGGGCUGCCCUUUCAUUGAAACUUCUGCAAAGAGCAAGACCAUGGUGGACGAGCUGUUCGCAGAGAUCGUGCGACAGAUGAAUUAUUCCACACUGCCGGAGAAGCAGGAGCAGUGCUGCACAGCCUGUGUGGUGCAGUGAGGAAGAGAUCCAUUUUUUUUGUCUGGAUCUACACAAAGAUUCUGAUGAACCAUGCACCUGAGGACUACGUGACAUUUGAUCCUACUGAUAUAACUUACCGCAGCUGGUAAGGUUUCCGUUCACGAUGGUUUCUGACCGACUGUCACAAAGCAUCUGGCAGAAAAGACGUCGGUUCUAUUUUUGAUAUCAUAACUGUUGAGACUUUUCUGCUGCAACCUUUACGGCCUUGGCAAUGACCCAGGAUGGAGUCAGACAGACAGACUUUUAACAAGCAAGAACGGCCAUCUGUGAAUUUCAGUCUUUUUUUUUCUAUCUUUUAGUCGAAAGUAUCUCUGAAAUAAUAAGCAGGAGUGUUUGUGAGGUUGCAGCUAAUUUUUUAAAGCUGCUUUAAUCACUAUUAUAUACCUUAUUAUUACUUGUAUUAUGUCUCAAGUUUUGAAUUUGACAAAGUAUUUCAUAAUAAAGAAACAUUUUGACUUUUAAGCAUGCAUGUUUAAAAGUCAUCCAAACGGUUUGCUGCCCAGGUACACUGCUCGUGUUAUUUUAAAAAUCUUGUCUAAAACUGUUCUUUCUACAGACACAAAUUCCUGUAAUUGUGUGAUACAGGGUGACAUUUUUAGCUUGAGGAAACUAAAGACAGGAUGUAUGAAUUUUUGGAUGAAACCUGUAACACUUACAUCAAUAAUCCUUUACCCAGCAGCCCCUUCUGCUGCCCUUUAAUUUACCUUCUUAUGUUGGCAGUAGCCUGAAGCAGCUAAACUCAUCUGAAAACAUGCAUGCUUAAAAUUGAAAAAUGUUCUACUAAAUCCACUUGAAGUGAUAAGGAAGAGCCAUUUUACUGUUUUUAGCCUGAAUUCUGUCACAGUCUCUGCAAGGCAUGAACCGCGUGGACGCAGGUCUUCCAGUUUCAGUUUUCUCUGUGGGAGAAUGAUUUUGGAACGACCAAAGGAAGCUCACAGUGCAUAUUUUAGUGUUUGACUAUAUGAAGUGUGUUGCUUUAAAUUCAGGAGACGCUGAUUUCCGUUUUUCAUUAAAUAACUCUUGCUGCAAUGUGGUUUGAUAAAAGUUCUGGCACAGUUAAUCAGAUUUAACUUUGUAUUUUUCUUUUUCUUAUUGUAACCUAUUUAUUGAAAACUAAUGACAUGGGUAGCCAGUUUUAAACCUUUGAUUUUAUACUAGUUUUGGCUUUUUGUGACUUUUCAGGAUUCAUGGUACAUUGUUUGUUUUUUGAAGCUGAGGAUUUAACAGAGCCUUAAAUAAUUUCUGUUGCACCCUGGUCUCAUGUUUCUUUAUUUUCUGUUCUCAAAGAUGAAAAGCUGUCAUUGUUUGGUAAUAAACAUGUUGGCCUUUC